AUGCGCAUCAGUACACGUGUCGGUCUGCGCAUGCGCGACUGCCCUACACGUGUUGCACAGAAGUUCCACCAAAGUAAGUUUGCCAGUGUUUGCGGAGCACAGCCGGCCUGGCCUCAUCGCAGCGCGAUUACACGCGUCUAUUCUCAGUGUCUCGGGACUUCACUCGGCUCGAUGCCGCCGACGAUACACCGCGGUUCGACAGCCGCAGGAAGAGCGCCGUCUCUCCGGGAUGAACUCGAGCAGCUCCUGCAUCAGAGGAUUCUGGUUCUGGACGGUGGAAUGGGAACGAUGAUCCAGCAGAGGAACCUGGAAGAGGAAGAUUUCAGAGGUCAAGAGUUCAAAGGUCAUCCCAAGAGUCUGAAGGGCAAUAAUGACCUGCUGAGCAUCACUCAGCCGGACGUCAUCUACAGCAUCCACAAGGAGUAUCUGGAGGCCGGCGCGGACCUCAUCGAGACGAACACCUUCAGUAGCACCAGCAUCGCUCAGCAAGACUACGGCCUCGAGGAUCUGGCGUAUCGGCUGAAUAAAGCGUCUGCUGAACUGGCCCGGAGAGCGGCUGAUGAUGUCACAGCUCAAACAGGUUGUAAGCGGUUUGUCGCAGGAGCUUUGGGUCCCACCAAUAAAACCCUGUCUGUGUCGCCGUCAGUGGAGAGACCCGACUACAGGAACAUCACGUUCGAUGAGCUGGUGGAGGCGUAUGAGGAGCAGGUGAAGGGUUUGCUGGAUGGAGGUGCUGAUGUUCUACUGGUGGAAACCAUCUUUGAUACUGCUAAUGCAAAGGCGGCUUUAUUUGCCAUCGACAGACUGUUUGAAGAGAGUUAUGAACCUCGACCGGUGUUAAUCUCAGGCACUAUCGUGGAUAAGAGCGGACGCACACUCUCAGGUCAGACGGGCGAGGCGUUCGUCAUCAGCAUGUCUCAUGCUCAACCACUGUGCAUCGGCCUGAACUGCGCUCUGGGAGCCAGUGAGAUGCGGCCCUUCAUCGAGGCCAUCGGGAAGAGCACAGGCGCGUUCGUCAUCUGUUACCCGAACGCUGGGCUUCCCAACACAUUCGGAGGCUACGACGAGACGCCCGAGGUCACAGCGGGGCAUUUAAAGGAGUUCGCUGUGGACGGAUUGGUGAAUAUUGUUGGCGGCUGCUGCGGAACGACACCCGAUCACAUCCGGGCGAUUGCUGAAAGCGUGCGUCAUGUUAAGCCCAGAGUUCCUCCCACAGACGUGUUCAGUGGUUAUAUGCUUCUGGCAGGUCUGGAGCCGUUCAGGAUCGGCCCGUACACAAACUUCGUGAACAUCGGUGAGCGCUGCAACGUCGCCGGAUCGCGCAGGUUUGCCAAGCUCAUCAUGGCGGGACAGUAUGAGGAGGCGUUGAGCAUCGCUAAAGCUCAGGUGGAGAUGGGCGCUCAGGUUCUGGACAUCAACAUGGACGAGGGGAUGCUGGACGGACCCGCUGCGAUGACCCGCUUCUGUAACCUGAUCUCCUCUGAGCCCGACAUCGCCAAGGUGCCGCUGUGCAUCGACUCGUCGAACUUCGCUGUGAUCGAGGCGGGUCUGAAGUGCUGUCAGGGCAAAGGCAUCGUGAACAGCAUCAGCCUGAAGGAGGGCGAGGAGGAGUUCCUGCGGCGAGCGCGUCAGGUCCGUCGCUACGGCGCCGCGGUGGUCGUCAUGGCCUUCGAUGAGGAAGGACAGGCGACUGAGACGGAUCAGAAGGUGCGGAUCUGUGCGAGAGCCUAUCAGCUGCUGAUCAGUGAGGCGGGCUUCAACCCCAAUGACAUCAUCUUUGACCCGAACAUCCUGACCAUUGGCACCGGCAUGGAGGAGCACUGCAUGUACGCCGUCAACUUCAUCAGAGCCACACGCAGCAUCAAGGAGAGUCUGCCGGGCGCGAGGAUCAGCGGUGGCCUCUCCAACCUCUCGUUCUCCUUCAGAGGGAUGGAGGUCAUCAGGGAAGCCAUGCAUGGAGUGUUUCUCUACCACGCCAUCAAGGAUGGCAUGGACAUGGGGAUCGUGAACGCUGGUAAUCUGCCGGUGUAUGACGACAUUGAUAAAGAGCUCCUGCUGCUCUGUGAGAACAUCAUCUGGAACCGAGACCCAGACGCCACAGAGAAGCUCCUGCUGUACGCUCAGAAUAACGCUAAAGGAGGAAAGAAGGUUGUUCAGACGGAUGAGUGGAGGAGCAGCAGCGUGGAGGAGCGGCUGGAGUACGCACUCAUCAAGGGAAUAGAGAAGCAUGUGGUGGAGGACACUGAGGAGGCUCGUCUUCACUCGGACCGGUAUCCCCGGCCGCUGCAUGUGAUCGAGGGGCCGCUCAUGAAUGGCAUGAAGACGGUCGGAGAUCUGUUCGGGGCCGGGAAGAUGUUCUUACCUCAGGUCAUCAAAUCGGCGCGUGUGAUGAAGAAAGCGGUCGGGCAUCUGAUUCCCUUCAUGGAGAAGGAGAGGCAGGAAAGGAUGUCGGGAUCUGAUGAAGACGUGGACCCGUAUCAGGGGACGGUUCUGUUGGCCACGGUGAAGGGAGACGUUCAUGAUAUCGGCAAGAACAUUGUGGGAGUCGUGCUGGGAUGCAAUAACUUCAGGGUCAUUGAUCUGGGAGUGAUGAUUCCCUGUGACAGAAUCCUGCGGGAGGCCAUUCAGAACAAAGCAGAUGUCAUCGGCCUCUCCGGUCUCAUUACUCCGUCUCUGGAUGAAAUGAUUCACGUGGCCAAAGAAAUGGAGCGCCUGGGCCUGAAGACUCCUCUGCUGAUCGGCGGAGCGACCACGUCCAAGACUCACACGGCGGUGAGAAUCGCCCCGCGCUACAGCUCACCCGUCGUUCAUGUGCUGGACGCGUCCCGCAGCGUAGUAGUGUGCUCUCAGCUGCUGGAUGAAGCUGUGCGUGAGGAUUACUUUGAGGAGCUCCGAGACGAGUAUGAGGACAUCCGACAGGAUCAUUACGACUCCCUGAAGGACAGACGCUUCUUGUCUCUGAGUCGAGCGCGAGAGAAGGGCCUUCAUAUAGACUGGCUCUCGCAGACCAGACCAGUGCGGCCGCAGUUCUUGGGCACACGCGUGUUUGACUCGUAUGACCUGCGUAAGCUGGUGGACUUCAUCGACUGGAAGCCCUUCUUUGACGUGUGGCAGCUGAGGGGCAAAUACCCCAACCGCGGAUACCCCAAAAUAUUCAAGGACAAAACCGUGGGAGAGGAGGCUCGGCGUGUCCAUGAUGACGCUGUGAAGCUGCUGAACCGCUUGAUUGACAGCGGAGGUCUACAGGCCCGGGGGAUUCUGGGAUUCUGGCGCGCUCAGAGCGACGGCGAUGACAUCAUCGUGUACGGUGAUGAUGUCACGUCACAUGUCGCCACCUUCCACGGCCUCCGACAGCAGGCGGAGAAGGACUCUGCGAGCUCGGAGCCGUACCUGUGCCUGUCGGACUUCGUGGCUCCUCGCGGCAGCGGCGUUCAGGAUUACGUGGGUCUGUUCGCAGUGUCCGUGUUCGGAGCGGAAGAGCUCAGCCGCGCGUUUGAGCAGCAGAACGACGAUUACAACAGCAUCAUGGUCAAAGCGCUGGCGGACCGACUCGCUGAGGCGUUCGCUGAGGAGCUUCACGCUCGCGUCCGCAGGGACUGGUGGGGUUACAGCGGAGAGGAGGACCUGUCGACCUCUGACCUCCAUCGGCUGCGCUACGAUGGCAUCCGCCCGGCCGCGGGGUAUCCCAGUCAGCCCGACCACACCGAGAAACUCACCAUGUGGAAACUGGCCGACAUUCAGGAGAAAACUGGAAUCGCUCUGACCGAGUCUCUGGCCAUGACUCCCGCCGCAUCCGUGUCCGGCCUCUACUUCUCCAACCCCAAAUCCUGUUAUUUCGCUGUGGGAAAAGUGACUAGAGAGCAGGUGGAGGACUACGCGCAGCGGAAGCAGAUGGCGGUGUGUGAGGUGGAGCGCUGGUUGGGUCCGAUCCUGGGCUACGACACCGACUGACGGUGCCAGAACGCUCUCCUCCUGUGAUGGACCUUCGUUCGCUCGGUUCUGCUGCUUUUGGCCCAGAU